AUGGGGGAAAGUUCUGGAAGGAAGCUCAUGGUCCAAGUUUGCAACGCCAAGAACCUGAUGCCAAAGGACGGCCAAGGAACCGCGAGUGCUUACGCCAUUGUGGACUUCGACGGCCAGCGACGGCGAACAAACACGAAAUCGAGAGAUCUCAAUCCUCAAUGGGACGAGACGCUCGAAUUCAUUGUCCACGAUAAAGACUCCAUGGCUUCGGAAAUACUAGAGGUGAAUCUCUACAACGACAAGAAAACAGGGAAACGAAGCACUUUUCUAGGAAAAGUGAAACUAUCCGGAAGCACGUUUGUGAAGUCUGGUUCCGAAACGGUUGCGUACUAUCCGUUAGAGAAGAGGAGCGUAUUCUCUCAGAUCAAAGGAGAACUCGGUCUCAAAGUUUGGUACGUGGAUGACCCACCGGAAACAGAAAACACAGGUGAGCAGAAAGCAGAGUCAGCACCACCGGCAGAGGAGAAGCCGCCCGAGAAUUUAGAAGGAGAGAUAAAGGAAGAUGAGCCAGAAAAAAAUAAGCCAGAUGAGAAUAAACCAAAAGAAGAACCAACAGCUGAAAAGCCAAAAGAGGAGGUUCCAGAGGAAACGGCGUCUCCAAAACAGGAGGUGUCAAAUCCUUCGAUUGGGCAGACAGAGAAGCCGAAACAGGGGAAUGAAAGGCACCCCGAAGUUUUAAAGUGCACGGAUCUGAAUGUGAGCAAUGGUGAACUGCGUUCUCUGAGUAGCGAUAGAAGCCGCAGCGCUUACGACCUCGUAGAUCCCAUACCAUUUUUAUAUGUUCGAGUCGUCAAGACCAAGCGAGCCAGACUGUAAACUGGUUCGACCGUUUACGCGAAUCUUUCGAUUGGGACGCGGAGCGUGAAGACUAAAAGCGAGACAGAGAGCAAGGACUGGGAUCAAGUUUUCGCCUUCGAUAAAGAGGGUCUUAACUCGACAUCGUUAGAGGUUUCAGUUUGGUCAGAGGUAAAAGAAGGAGAAGAAAAGAGCGAGAGUUGUCUCGGGACGGUAUCCUUUGAUCUUCAAGAGGUGCCUAGAAGAGUUCCUCCCGAUAGUCCGCUGGCUCCGCAAUGGUACACUCUGGAGUCAGAAACCACGCCUGGAAAUGAUGUCAUGCUCGCGGUUUGGAUCGGGUCUCAGGCCGACGAGGCUUUUCAGGAGGCUUGGCUGUCCGAUUCCGGUGGAUUGUUACCUGAGACGCGAGCUAAAGUGUAUCUGUCUCCCAAGCUUUGGUAUCUGAGGUUAACGGUCAUCCAAACCCAGGAUUUGAAAUUUGCCUCUGAAACCGAGGCUAAGGUUCGAACUCCAGAGCUCUGCGUUAAGGCUCAGCUCGGCGCCCAGGUUUUUAAAACAGGGAGAACCUCAUCCGGCUCGGCUAACCCAACGUGGAACGAGGACCUCGUGUUAGUAGCAGCCGAGCCGUUUCAGCCCUUUCUUGUUUUAAUAGUGGAGGACGUGUCAAAUUCGAAAACAGUUGGGCAUGCGAAAGUCCACGUGGCAACCAUCGAGCGGAGAACUGACGAUCAAAUUGAGCUGAAAUCCAGAUGGUUCAACCUAUACAGCGAAGACGAGAGUCGUUCGUAUGCAGGCAGGAUUCACGUCCGAGUAUGCCUGGAAGGUGGGUAUCACGUGAUAGACGAAACGGCUCACGUCACCAGCGAUGUUCGAGCCUCGGCCAAACAACUCACAAAGCCCCCUAUCGGUUUGCUAGAGGUUGGGAUUCGUGGCGCGACAAACCUUCUUCCUGUCAAGACCAUUGAUGGAACACAUGGCACCACAGACGCUUUCGUGGUGGCCAAAUACGGUCCCAAAUGGGUCCGAACACGAACUAUUAUGGACCAGUUCAACCCGCGAUGGAACGAACAAUACACUUGGGAUGUUUACGACCCUUGCACGGUGCUCACCAUUGGAGUGUUUGAUAACGGGAGAUACAAGACUGGGGAAGACGGAAAACCUAACAGAGACUGUCGAAUUGGGAAAGUUCGUGUGCGGUUGUCCACACUGGAGACGAACAGGGUAUACGCAAACUCGUACUCCUUGGUCGUUCUGUUGCCAGGUGGUGCGAAGAGAAUGGGAGAGAUAGAGAUUGCGGUGAGAUUUUCAUGUUCCUCAUGGUUGAGUCUCAUACAGGCCUACGCAAGCCCAAUUUUACCACGAAUGCACUACGUUCGUCCGUUUGGCCCUGCCCAGCAAGACAUCUUGCGCCAAACAGCCAUGAGGAUAGUAACGGCGAGGCUGGCCCGGUCCGAACCGGCUUUGGGUCAGGAAGUUGUUCAGUUCAUGUUGGACUCUGAUACGCACAUGUGGGGCAUGAGGCGUAGCAAGGCGAACUGGUUCAGAGUGGUGAGAUGCCUCUCACGUGCGGCGACGCUACUAGGUUGGGUGGAUGGGAUCCGCACGUGGGUACACCCUCCAAUGACGCUUCUGGUCCACAUGCUGCUUGCAGCGACCGUACUGUGUCCAUACCUAGUGCUUCCCACUGUAUUCUUGUGCGCAUUUCUGAUUUUACUGUUGAGAUUCCGUUACAGACAGAGGGUCCCUGGAAACAUUGAUGUGAGGAUGUCAUACGUGGACAUGGUGAGCCUGGACGAGCUGGACGAGGAGUUCGACGGGUUCCCGACGACGCGCCCAGCGGAGGUGGUUAAGAUGAGGUACGACAGGGUGCGCGCGGUAGCGGGGAGGGCGCAGACAUUGCUAGGUGACGUGGCGGCACAGGGGGAGCGCUUGGAAGCUCUGUUUAGCUGGCGGGACCCACGUGCCACGGGGAUAUUUGCGGUGGUCUGUUUGAUGAUGUCGUUGCUGUUCUACGCGGUGCCGUUUAGGGGCCUUGUGUUGGUGGCUUUGUUCUACUACCUUCGCCACCCAAGGUUCCGCGACGACAUGCCGUCUAUUCCGACAAACUUCUUCAGGCGACUUCCGUCCUUUUCUGAUCAGAUUAUGUGAUGACAAAUAUAUUUUAUUUAUAAUUUUUUGUUGA